AUGGGCUCAAAUGCUCCGCCGCCGAAGCAUCCGGCCAUGUCGGCCACUGCCAUGCCGGCUGCUGCUGACUCGGAUCCUGCAGCACUUACCCGCUCAACUGCUGCCUCGGCCACCAUCACCAACACCAACACCAACACCAACACCGCUUCGGGCGGUGUGACUCCCGCUCCGGCCGGGCAACAGCCUGAGGCAUUAGGCUCGGCAAAUCACGCAACAAUGCCCACUUCGCUCUCGAGCAGUGACCCCGGCCGGUCUCAAGCCCCCCUCCUGUCGACAGCUGGUGCAUUUGCCCCGCCUGCUGACGCCCUCCCCGCCCCCGCGUCCUCGACCCCAGCCCCGAGCUUCCCCGGCCUGCCGGCCAACUUCCCCAACGCCUUUGAUCCGUACCACAUGCAUCUCCUCUCGCAGCGGUAUCCUCAACCAUUGGGUGCUGGAUUGCCCAUGUUUCCGACUGUGGUGUCUGAUCCUGGCACUGGAGGCUACAAUGUGGCUCUGGCCAGCCUGGCUGGUCUUGGCGCCGGAACGCUGCCGUCUUCCUCCUCGACAGCCAACUCUGCCCUUUUGCACCCCUUUUAUCUUCAUCAGCACCAGCAACAGGCCCAACAAGUCCAUGCUCAGCAGCAGCAGCAGCAGCAGCAGCAACAACAGCAACAACAGCAACAACAGCAGCAGCAGCAGCAGCAGCAGCAGCAGCAGCAGCAGCAGCAGCAGCAGCAACAGUUGUUCCAGCAACAGCAAAACACGAAGCAGCAGGCACAGCAGCAAGCACAGCAACAAGCACAGCAGCGUGCCGGGGUACCUCAGGCACCAGGGACUGGCGCUGUUCGUUCGCCUCCUUUCUUUUUGGCUGAUCCUCCCCAGCCGCUGGGGCAUUUGUUCGUCCCGAUUGCCGCUGGUAGGCCGCCGAUCCCCACCGCAGCACUUGGCCGCCCCCCUGCUGCAGGGUCCAGUCCGAUUGGACCUCACGGCGGGGACGCAUCUUUUUUGUCUGAACCCCCUCAGACGCCCAGCACCCCAAGCAGUGCCAGCACCAGUACAAGCGCCAAUAGCGCGUCCUCUUCCGCUGGUGCUUCUGGGCACUCACACUGUCAGUGCAAGAAUAUCCCCUGCCUGAAGCUGUACUGCGAGUGCUUCGCCCGGGGUGUCCUCUGCCGGCCGGCCUGCACUUGCUCCUCCAUUUGUCGGAACAACCACCACCAUGAGCGGGAUCGUCUCGAGGCCGUAUACUCGGUGCUUGACCGCAACCCGCACGCCUUCAAAUCCAAGGAUGAGACCCGCCCACAUCGUGGCUGCAAAUGCAGACGCACACAAUGCCGGAACCGGUAUUGCGAGUGCGCUCAGCUCGGCGUCCGAUGCUCUCCCCUCGUGUGCCGGUGCAUUGAUUGCCACAAUGGCAAGUGUGAUUCCCAUUUUGAUGCUGCCGCUACUGGUGGCAGUACCCCUGUCACUUUGGCAAGCGGCUGGGUGGAUGAGGGGGCUUCCGCAGCACAGGAGCUCCGAGAUCGCAUGGCUCAGCCAGCCGCCUCCUCAAGUGACUUCGCCCCUGGCUCAGAGCCCUCGACACCCAGUACUCGCGAUGUGACUGACGUGGCCACUCCAGCCGCGACCGGUACCAUGGCGCCCCCAGGCUCAGGCUCCGGCAGUGGGGUGGUCACCGCUCGGGACUACUCGCCAGCCACAAUGCGCGAAUAUCGCAAUCCCUCCCAUUCGGUUGCCUCCCGCAAGCGGAGACAACAUGCCAUUGCUCUUCUCUCAUCGAAGCAGGCGCUCUUGAAAGAUCGCGCCCUCUUUUCAUCCAUCCUCUCAGAAGGCACUCUCCAGGAGGCCGUUCGCACGCUGGUCGAUUGCGCCGCGCAUCCCCUGGCUGUCCGUGCCGCCACGGGAAUGCCUUUCACAGAACAACCCACCCCGGCCGAGGGGACUGUGGCCCGAGGUGAUAUGGCCGGCACCAUGGAGGAUGUCUCCACCUCGGAGGUUGCCGGCUCCACUGUCACUGACAACCCGGCUGGAGACACCCGCUCUGUCGCGCGCAAACGCUCAGCCGAUGCGUGGCCCCCGGGGACUUUCGCUCCGAAGCGGCGACGUCACUUGAUCCCGGUCUCGGAGUCCCUCAAGUCGGCUCCCGCCUCUGUGACCGAAGUCUCCGCCACCAUGGCCCCACUCAAGCCCGAGGAUGGGGCUCUCAAAACCGAGUCGCUGUCUGAUGGCGGGAGGCCUGCAACUCCGAUUGCAGCUCCGCCUGUGGCUCUGACCUCACCUCCUAUUGGCUCCUUGGCAAACCGCGGCGACCCUCUGGCAACAGCAAGUGCCCUUGUGACGGCCGAGCUGCAUGAGCUCAGUCAGCUGGCGGCUCGCUCUGCCGAAGACCAGGCCAUCGAUGCCACGGUCGCCUACAACACCCUGACCGAACUCACGCACAUCCUAAAUCGUGUGUGUGAUACCGUCAUCGGGCUCAAGCCUCCAACCAAACCUGCACGUGGCGGUAUCCGAGCUGCUGCAGCUGCUGCUGCUGCCGCUGAGGCUGCUGCCGCAUCUCUAUCAGCCCUGUCUUCUCGCGCCCCCUCCUUGUGAUGUGCGCGCGCGUCCCUCUGCGGCAAAUAGACCUCCCUUCCCAUA